UCAAAAAAGUUUACGAACCUUUUCAAUUACAAUUGAAUUUCCAAACAAAAAAGAAGUGAUUAUUCGUGUCGUGAUAGUAUAUAACAUAUUAAUAAUCCCCUUUCUUAUGAUAAUGGUUUUAGUUACCAUAUUGAACUGUAUUUUAUUUUGUGUUGUGUGCAUGUAUAUAAAUGCACUAUACAACUAUUACAGAAAAGUUUAUAUUUCUAAUGUCACUAAUGGUGAAAACAGGACUAAAUACAUUAGGAAACAAUAUAAACAAGCACCCGGUCCAGCCCCUUUACCUAUUUUCGGACACUUAAUCUGGUUAAGUGGAUAUAAAGUUCCAUUCCAAGGGCUUACAGAACUUUCAGAAAGAUUUGGAGAUGUAUACUCCCUUACUCUUGGGACCAGACGUUGUUUGGUGGUAAGCAGUUUGGACAAAAUACGCGAAGUGCUUAAUGAAAAGGGCAAAUUUUUUGGAGGUCGACCUGAUUUUAUUCGCUACCAUAAACUGUUUGGUGGUGACAGAAAUAAUUCGUUGGCAUUAUGUGACUGGUCCUCUCUGCAACAGAAGAGGAGAAAUAUUGCCCGCCGUCACUGUUCACCAAGAAGUUCUUCACUAUUUUUCACAAAGAUGUCCGAUGUAGCCUGUUCUGAAAUAGAUACAUUUUUUAAAACGCUUAAAGAAAAACUUUUUCCUGGUGAGGAACAUGAUAUAAAACUAAUUAUUCAAGAGGCGAGUGCUAAUAUGUUUCUUCAGUACAUGUGUUCUGUAAGAUUCGAUUAUAAUGACCAAGAAUUUCAGACAUUUGUUAACUCGUUUGAUCAAAUAUUUUGGGAAAUUAAUCAAGGAUAUGCGGUUGACUUUCUGCCAUGGCUAGCACCACUAUACAAAAAACAUACCGACACUAUAAUAGAUUGGUCUACAACUAUUCGAAAAUUUAUACUUGAGCGUGUUAUUCGUGGACGUGAAAAAAUAUAUGAACGUAUUGAACCUGAUGUGGACUUUACUAAUGCACUGUUAAAAACAGUUGUUGAAGAUGAACAUUUCUCCAGAGAAACUAUAAUUUAUAUGCUAGAAGAUUUUCUUGGCGGCCAUUCUGCAAUUGGAAAUUUGGUUAUGAUAACACUCGCUCACAUUGCUCAUAACAAUGAGAUUGGAAAGAACAUUCAAUCGGAAGCUGAUGCGGUAUCAGAAAAUGGGAGACGACUUCUAAACCUUUACGACAUGGAUCGUAUGCCAUAUACUAUGGCUACUAUAUCCGAAGUAUUGAGAUUUUCGUCUUCACCCAUUGUUCCCCACGUUGCAACUGAAGACACAACAAUAUCGGAUUAUGGAGUUGUAAAGGGGACAAUAGUUUUUAUCAACAACUUUAAGCUAAAUAGAUCUGAAAAAUAUUGGAAAUGUCCGAAUUUGUUUCAACCGGAAAGAUUUCUAGAUAGAUCAGAUGUUGAUGCCUCAUGUACAAAAGAUGCCGUGCGAAUAUUACCAAGGAGAAGACAUUCUGAUGGCGCAGAUUCUGGUGUUGAAUUUGAAAUUGAGGAUUUAUUAAUUCCUGAGAGAAAAAAAAAUGGACUAAAUACCGAUUUAGCUGACCGUCGUAACAAAAGUGAAAUCCAUCUAAAGAAAAACAUUCCUCAUUUCUUACCUUUUAGUAUUGGCAAAAGAACGUGUAUUGGACAAAGUCUUGUACGAGGUUUCGGGUUUAUUUUGCUUGCAAAUAUUUUACAACGAUAUGAUAUCAUUUCUUCGAAUUUGGCAAAUGUGCGCACUAUUCCUGCAUGUGUUGCUCUUCCCACAAAAACGUUUUCAUUAGAAUUAAAGAACCGUAAUUUGUAGUAACAAAUGCAAAAUUAUUUGAGCCCGAAGUUCUAGUAGAGUAUAACUGUAUUU